CCCCUCCGCAAGCUGGCCUUUCUAGAGGUACUCCGACCUCCCCAUCAAAUACCUUAAUGUGUUUCUGAGUUGCAAUAGUGAAGUGUGAUCACAGGUUUUUUAUAAAAUAACAUUGUAACAUGGCCGGUGGCACGAUACUACAGAAAGCCAUUGAUUUGGUCACAAAAGCUACGGAAGAGGAUAAGAAGAAGAAUUAUGAGGAGGCAUUGAAGUAUUACGAGCACGGAGUCGAGUACUUCCUUCAUUCCAUCAAGUAUGAAGCCCAGGGCGAGCGUGCGAAAGACAGUAUACGACAGAAAUGUCAGCAGUACCUCGACAGGGCGGAAAAGCUAAAAGCCUAUCUGAAGAAAGGGAAGAAGAAGCCCGUGGCAACGGGUGAGGAAGGCGCCAAAGAGGACAAGAAGAGUGACAGCGGUGACAGUGACUCGGAGAUUGAUCCCGAGAAGAAGAAGCUCCAGCACAUGCUGGAGGGAGCAAUAGUGGUGGAGAAGCCCAACGUCAAGUGGAGUGAUGUUGCUGGCCUGGAGUCAGCCAAAGAUGCCCUGAAGGAGGCUGUUAUUCUCCCUAUUCAGUUUCCCCACUUGUUCAAAGGCAAAAGAAUGCCAUGGAGGGGAAUUCUACUGUUCGGCCUUCCUGGGACUGGCAAGUCUUAUCUUGCCAAGGCUGUCGCCACAGAGGCGGGUAAUUCAACCUUCUUGUCAGUCUCUUCCUCGGAUUUAGUCAGCAAAUGGCAGGGGGAAUCCGCCAAACUCAUCAAGAAUCUGUUUGACCUUGCGAGGCAGAGGAAACCCAGCAUCAUCUUCAUCGAUGAAAUUGACUCAUUGUGCUCGUCUAGGAGUGACAAUGAGUCUGACUCUGAGAGAAGAAUCAAGACUCAGUUUCUGGUGCAGAUGCAGGGCGUUGGCAGUGAUAACGAUGGAAUUCUGGUGCUGGGGGCCACCAACACUCCCUGGGUUCUCGAUGCAGCUAUCAGGAGACGAUUUGAGAAACGUAUUCAUAUUCCUCUGCCUGAUGAGAUAGCCCGAGCCGCCAUGUUCAAACUCCAUCUGAGGCAGAAUGCCCACACACUGACGGAGGAGGACUUCAAGCAGUUGGCUGCUGAUUCUGAUGGAUACUCUGGAGAUGACAUUCGAGUCAUUGUUCGCGAGGCUCUCAUGGAGCCCAUCAGACUUGUACAGAGCGCUACACAUUUCAAGAAAGUCAGUGGACCGUCCCCUAAAGAUCCUUCGGUCAUUGUCGAUAAUCUGCUGACUCCUUGCUCUCCUGGGGAUCCAGGGGCCAUCGAAAUGAGCUGGACUGAUGUCAAGAGCGAUGAACUUUUCGAGGCACCUGUCACGAUGAAACACUUGCUGAAAGCUCUCGCCACAACCCGUCCAACUGUCAAUCAGGAAGACAUAACACAACUAGAAAAAUUCAGGGAGGACUUCGGCCAGGAAGGUUGAACGCUUCGGCGAUAUAUAUUUUUUAUAUGCCACCCAGUUAUCUCGCCUUAAGAAGAUUCUUAUUUUUUAUCUAAAGUGAAAAUUCUAAGAAAAACUCUUGGAUUAAUUAAAUGCCCGAAUUUUUUUUAUCCUCUUUCUGCUCCCUGUUUGCCUGAUGAUUUAAUUAACUAUCUCUUGAAAGAUAAGGGAAUAAAAUUUCUUAGGCAAUCCUAACACAUAAGCUGAAUCGAACAGAUCAUAAUACUAUUUGUAAAUGUGAUAAUCUUGAAUCUAGAAAAGCUGAGUUCAAUUUCGUGCAUAUUUAUUUCGCCCCAAGAGGAAGACAAGUCUCACGAGUGGAAAAAAUCUAUUAUCCAUGUUUAACAAUUCUACUUUAUAAUUAAAUGAAAAAUUGAAAUUGCAUUGUAUAUGUAUAUUUAUCUGUGACACACUAGAAUAAAUUCACCACUGUUCUCCAAUGUAAAUUUUUAUGAUAUCCCGAAUAAACGUGGCAUGUCGAUACAUGGCAUGUUCAAUAAAGCUUACAGUAAUAAAUAUGUACAGAAAUCAAACA